GCUUUUUGAAAAUCAGGCGUCGCCUUACAAUGAUUAACUGUUUCUUGUGUCAACAAAUAUUUGAUCAACAAAUAGGCUUAGCUACCCUUUGGACGCUUUGCAGUUCCAAAGUCCAGAAUCGUGAACUUUGAAUUUUGAUAACAAAAUAAUUAACAUAUGACUAGCGUGUUUAGUUUUGCGAGGCAAAUACGUACUUGCGUUGACUUGCUUGGUAACAGGAUGACCGCCAAACUUCUUGGAUUUUUUCUACUUGGAGUAUUUUUAAGCUAUUAUGUCGGAUUUUCUUGUACUUUUACAACAAUUGCCGUGUUCGGAAUAUACUUGGCGACCGGGGGAUGGAAGUUUAUGAAAGUUGUCAUUGUAACAUUACCACGAGAUUUAAGAGCUUUGUCAGUAUUAUUACGAUUAAAAUGGAAUGUAAAGAAAUUCAACCAGACUGGAAGCAGCGUUCCAAAACUAUUCCGGACAACAGUAGAGAAAUUUCCAAACAAAACAUGCUUUAUCUAUGAAGAUAAAAGAUACACAUUUCAGGAAGUAGAUCUGCUAACCAACUCAAUAGCUAACUUUUUUUACGAGUCUGGCAUACGUCAGGGGAGUGUUAUUUCUAUCAUUAUGGAGAAUAGACCAGAAGUUGUGUUUUAUUGGCUUGGAUUGGCUAAGAUUGGUGCAGUGGGAGCGCUCAUUAAUCAUAAUUUGAGGGAUAAGUCAUUAGUCCAUUGUAUAGAAGCUGCUGAGUCACAAGGAAUUGUUUUCUCACAAGAGUUGUCACCAGCUAUUCAGGAUAUAGCCAGGGACUUGCCUAACACUCUCCAGCUGUAUCAUAUUGGUCAGGGCUCAGUUUCAGGGGUCAAUGCGAUUUCUCUGGAUACUUUGUUGGAAAAAAGUCCAACUUAUCUUCCACCAGCACCAAAAACCAGGUUUACAGAUAAAUUGUUUUAUGUGUAUACUUCUGGAACGACGGGUCUACCAAAAGCUGCUAUUAUAUCUCAUUCAAGAUUCUACUACAUGUCUUACGCUGUCAACCUUUUCUUAGAGAUCGGAAGUGAUGACGUUCUAUAUGAUGCUCUCCCUUUAUAUCAUACAGCAGGGGGGAUAAUUGGAGUUGGACAAGCUUUUCUAAGGGGAACAACUGUUGUUAUAAAAAAGAAGUUUUCUGCUAGUAAAUUCUGGGAUGACUGUGUCCAACAUAAAUGUACA